CCUCGCCCGGCCGUGCGCGCCUCUGGGUGCCCCCCUGAACCCCCCCGGCCGCUGCGCGCCCCCGGAGCGGAGACAUGGCCCCCAUCGGACUCAAGGCUGUGGUGGGAGAAAAGAUCAUGCACGAUGUGAUCCGGAAAGUGAAGAAGAAGGGGGAAUGGAAGGUGCUGGUGGUGGACCAGCUGAGCAUGCGCAUGCUSUCAUCCUGCUGCAAGAUGACCGACAUCAUGACCGAGGGCAUCACCAUUGUGGAAGACAUCAACAAGCGCCGGGAGCCGCUGCCCAGCCUGGAGGCCGUGUACCUCAUCACCCCCUCCGAGAAGUCCAUCCACUCCCUCAUCAAUGACUUCAAGGAUCCCCCCACCUCCAAGUACAGAGCUGCCCACGUCUUCUUCACUGACUCCUGUCCCGAUGCCCUCUUCAACGAGCUGGUGAAAUCCCGCGCUGCCAAGGUCAUCAAAACCCUGACGGAGAUCAACAUUGCCUUCCUCCCUUCCGAGUCCCAGGUUUACUCUCUGGAUUCUGCCGACUCCUUCCAAAGCUUUUACAGCCCCCACAAGGCACAGAUGAAGAACCCGAUCCUGGAGCGCCUGGCAGAGCAGAUUGCCACGCUCUGUGCCACCCUGAAGGAGUACCCGGCCGUGCGGUACCGYGGGGACUACAAGGACAAUGCCAUGCUGGCACAACUCAUCCAGGACAAGCUGGACGCCUACAAGGCCGAUGACCCCACCAUGGGCGAGGGUCCGGACAAGGCUCGCUCCCAGCUGCUGAUCCUGGACCGUGGCUUUGACCCCGCGUCCCCCGUGCUGCACGAGCUCACCUUCCAGGCCAUGAGCUACGACCUGCUGCCCAUCGAGAACGAUGUCUACAAGUACGAGACGAGCGGCAUUGGCGAGGCGCGGAUCAAGGAGGUGCUGCUGGACGAGGAUGACGAUCUGUGGGUCACCUUGCGCCACAAACACAUCGCYGAGGUGUCCCAGGAGGUGACCCGGUCCCUGAAGGAGUUUUCUUCCAGCAAGAGGAUGAACACGGGUGACAAGACCACCAUGAGGGACCUGUCCCAGAUGCUGAAGAAGAUGCCYCAGUACCAGAAGGAGCUCAGCAAGUACUCGACCCACCUGCACCUGGCYGAGGACUGCAUGAAGCACUACCAGGGCACCGUGGACAAGCUCUGCCGAGUGGAGCAGGACCUGGCCAUGGGCACCGAUGCCGAAGGCGAGAAGAUCAAGGACCCCAUGAGGGCCAUUGUCCCCAUCCUGCUGGAUGGCAAUGUCAGCACCUACGACAAGAUCCGCAUCAUCCUGCUCUACAUCUUCCUGAAGAACGGAAUCACCGAGGAGAACCUGAACAAGCUGAUCCAGCACGCUCAGAUCCCGGCCGAGGACAGCGAGAUCAUCACCAACAUGGCCCACCUCGGGGUGCCCAUCAUCACAGACUCCACGCUGCGCCGCCGGAGCAAGCCCGAGCGCAAGGAGCGCAUCAGCGAGCAGACCUACCAGCUGUCCCGGUGGACCCCGGUCAUCAAGGACAUCAUGGAGGAUGCCAUCGAUGACAAGCUGGACACCAAGCACUACCCGUACAUCUCCACCCGCUCCUCCGCCUCCUUCAGCACCACUGCUGUCAGUGCCCGCUACGGCCACUGGCACAAGAACAAGGCCCCCGGCGAGUACCGGAGCGGGCCCCGCCUCAUCAUCUUCAUCCUGGGCGGGGUGAGCAUGAACGAGAUGCGCUGCGCCUACGAGGUGACACAAGCCAGCGGCAAGUGGGAGGUGCUAAUAGGGUCCACGCACAUCCUCACCCCACAGAAACUGCUGGACACGCUGAAGAAACUCAAUAAGACAGAGGAAGAGAGCAGCAGUUAAAAGGAAACGCUGUCACCACUSGAUGCCGACCCACGUCCCCGCCGGGCGCCCGGCCCCGGGUGCCACCCUGCACCCAGUGGGCCCAGCUUCUCUCUUGUUCUUGUGUUGAUCCCCCCUCUCCCCUCCCAGCGCCUCCCCCAUCUCAUUUUAUCCACAGGGAGGGGAUAACAGCCAAAAAAAAAAUAAUAUAUAUAUAUAUAUAUAAAGAAAAUGGAUGCAUUGUGUUUAAGAGAAAAAGGAAAAAAAAUUCUAUAUAUUUGUAGCUGCAGCUGUGGGAAGCGCCCAGGAGCUCAUUGCUGAGUAACCAUCUGCCCAUUGCUAGUGAAUAUGGUGGGGAAAACGGCAGAACAAUACAUUUUUUUGGGGAAUGCUCCUCUUGGGGUCCUGUGUGGAUGGGAGGACGGAUGGACGGACACCCCACACCGCUCAGGUGGGCAGCAGGCUGGGCAUCACCGUCUGUCCCCUGGCUUUCGGGGGUGCUGGGUGCUCCUGCCAGAUGUACACACCCACAUCUGGCAUGGGAAUUGGGGCUGGGGGUGCAGCCAGGGCGCUUCACACCGUGGGAAUUCCUGUGUGAAAAGGGACCAAACCGGUCAGAACGUGGAGAUGGAGCCCGUCCGCUCGCUCUGCCCUGCUGCAGCCCUGCCUCCCUCUCUCUGGGAAUUCCUUCCAAAAAAUAAAGAUAUAUAUAUAUA